UGUAGUAGAGAGUUGCAUGACAGGUGUAUCAGAAUUUCAACUACGUGGCCUCUUGGAGGGCUUUGUUGUUGAAGAAGACCCAUAACACUCUCUCUCUCUCUCCAAUCCAAUUAUAUAACACUCUCUCUCUCCAAUCCAAUUAUAUGAUUAGAGCUUCACUUCCUCUCUUUCUCAUUUCACCAAACAAAGCCUAAGCCAGUUUCAAUUCCAAAAUUUCUAUUAAAAAGUUGAGUGAGUGAAGAAAAGAAACUCUUUCAGUGUUCUUAGCCUCAAGAAGAGAAAAGGAUUAGGAAGCAAGGGAGCAUCAACAUCAUCAUGGGUUCAGCCACCUUCCUUGAAAUCCUACUUGCCAUAGUCCUUCCUCCUGUUGGUGUCUUCUUUCGCUAUGGCAUUGGGGUGGAGUUUUGGAUCGACUUGUUGCUGACUAUAUUGGGUUACAUUCCAGGGAUCGUUUAUGCUAUUUAUGUCUUAGUCCUCUAGUUCCUUACUAAUUACUACUACAUCUCUACAUCUCUACUACUCUAAUAUGUUAUGUUUCCUUUCUCUAUCAAAAAUAAAUAAAUAAAACCAGUUUGUUUGUCUUUUGGA